AAGAAAAAAGGAUUUACAGUGGUGGUCGAUAUAAAUGAAUGAAGAAAAGAAAGAAAUUGAGUGUAAUGUAAAGUCAAAUCUCUUGAGGUGAGGGGUGUGUUAGUCAUUUCAGAAUAAUUUGAAAAUGGAGGCCUUGAGGUUGAGGUUGAGGUUGAGGCUUUGCUUGCAGUGGGAGUCAAAUCAUAAGGAGGCCUUCUCCAAACUCCGCCAUCUGAAAACCAAAAUUAAUUUAAUGGAAUCUUCAUUCUUUUAGCGGUAGGCACCAACCAACCUUUCAUUUCCCACCAAAAAUAUAACCCACCAUAAUCCUAUAAUUCUUCUUCAAGCUUUCCAUCUCUCUGUGACAAUCUAAACUUGUCGCCCAUAAACACCUAUUCAAUCAACUUCUAGCUCCUCUCAGAUCUUCAACGCACACUUGUUUGUUCUUUGAUUGAUUGUUUCUUUGUUUCUUUGUUUCUUUCAACCAUUUUCAUCACAAAUGGGAGAAAUCUCAAGCUUCCAAUUGGGUGUCAUUGGAGCACUCUUCCUAUCAGUAGCUUCUUCUGUCUCCAUUGUUAUCUGUAACAAAGCUCUCAUGAGCAACCUCGGCUUCCCUUUCGCAACUACUCUGACUAGUUGGCAUCUGAUGGUCACAUAUUGCACCCUUCACGUGGCUCAUCGCUUAAACUUGUUUGAGUCCAAACCCAUCGACACGAAGACCGUUGUGCUCUUUGGGAUUCUCAAUGGCAUCUCCAUUGGGUUUCUCAACUUGAGUUUAGGAUUCAAUUCUGUUGGAUUCUACCAGAUGACAAAACUUGCAAUCAUACCAUUCACUGUUAUGUUAGAGACUAUUUUCCUUAACAAGCAAUUCAGCUCAAGGAUUAGGCUCUCUCUCUUCCUCUUGCUGGUUGGAGUUGGCAUUGCCUCUGUCACUGAUCUUCAGCUCAAUCUUAUGGGAACUGUUCUUUCUCUCUUGGCUAUCAUGACAACAUGCGUCGGUCAAAUUCUAACAAACACUAUUCAAAAGAGGCUGAGUGUAUCUUCAACACAGCUGCUGUAUCAGUCAGCUCCAUUUCAAGCAGCUAUUCUGUUCGUGUCUGGCCCUUUCUUAGACCAAUGUCUCACCAACAAGAAUGUGUUUGCCUACAAGUAUUCUCCCGUAGUUCUGGCUUUUAUCAUCCUUUCAUGUCUGAUAUCUGUCUCCGUCAACUUCAGCACAUUUUUGGUGAUCGGAAAGACGUCACCGGUGACAUAUCAGGUGCUUGGCCACCUCAAGACAUGCCUUGUUCUUGGCUUUGGCUAUACUCUUCUUCAUGAUCCUUUCACUGAGAGAAACCUCAUUGGAAUUCUUAUAGCCAUUGGUGGAAUGGGAUUGUAUUCAUAUUUUUGUACCCAAGAGAGUAAAAAGAAGCAGGGUGACCUCUGUUUAGGAUCUUCUCAGAUCAAAGACAAGGAAACAGCAGCUCUUCUGGCAGGAGUUCAUCAAGAUAAAGAAAGCCAUGAAGUGAAGAAAUCAAGCAAGGAUUCUGUGGUUUAAGCAAGUAAAUGGGAUAUAUGCACAGGGAGUUCAUCAUUAUAUGGUUUAAAUUCUUUGAAUAAAUACCCCAUUUUGGUACUCAUUCACACCA